UUAAUUAGGCUCUUCAAUAGCACGAGGUUCCACGCACCCCCAUUUCGAUUUUUUUAUUUCUCUGAAGAGGUCGACGAAGCCGCUUCUCGCUUCUCCUCUCUCUCCCUCCUCGAUCCGAUUACUUGCUUCUUCUCGGGAUCUCGACGGUUCUCGAUCCAAUCUCAGCGAUCGGGUUUUAAUUGAAAUCAACUAGAUCUGGAUGAACCUAGGGUUUAAGAAGACAGAUCUGAGACCGUAAGUUGAGAUACCGAAGUAUUUAUCUGCAUAAAUGCUGAGCGAUCGAUUCCCAAAGAUGUCUUCCUCUUGGAUUAUACCUGUUUUCGUCUCUCUGCUUCUUUUUGCAUCUCCGACCAAUGCCUUCUACCUUCCUGGUAGCUAUAUGCACACCUACACGCCAGGUGAAGAAAUUUGGGUGAAAGUGAAUUCCCUCACCUCGAUCGAAACCGAGCUCCCCUUUAGCUACUACAGCCUGCCUUACUGCCGCCCGCAAGGUGGGAUCAAGAAAAGCGCCGAGAAUUUGGGCGAGCUUCUCAUGGGCGAUCAGAUCGAUAACUCUCCUUAUCGUUUUCGCGUUAAUACGAACGAGUCCCUCUACCUCUGCACUACAACUCCUCUAAAUGAGCAUGAGGUUAAACUCUUGAAGCAGAGGAGCCAAGACCUCUAUCAGGUGAAUAUGAUCCUCGACAACCUUCCUGUUCUGAGGUUCACCGAACAGAACGGCAUGACCACUCAGUGGACUGGGUUUCCUGUUGGGUACUCCCCUAGUGGAGGUUCUGAAGUUUAUAUCAUCAAUCACUUGAAGUUUAAGGUCUUGGUCCAUGAGUAUGAGGGGAGUAAAGUGCAGAUUAUUGGCACUGGCGAAGAGGGCUUGGGUGUGAUUACUGAGAAUGAUAAAACGAAGAUGUCUGGGUAUGAGAUUGUGGGUUUUGAAGUUGUUCCGUGCAGUGUGAAGCGGGAUCCUGAUGCCAUGUCGAAGCUUAACAUUUAUGAUACAAUUGAGCCUGUAAACUGCCCACUGGAGCUUGAGAAGUCUCAGAUGAUUCGUGAAAAAGAGAGAAUAUCCUUUACUUAUGAAGUCGAGUUUGUGAAGAGCGACAUUAGAUGGCCUUCACGGUGGGAUGCGUACUUGAAAAUGGAAGGUGCUAAAGUCCACUGGUUCUCAAUCAUGAACUCCUUAAUGGUCAUCUUCUUUUUGGCUGGUAUAGUGUUUGUCAUAUUCUUGAGGACCGUUCGGAGGGAUCUGACUAGAUAUGAAGAGCUGGAUAAGGAAGCCCAAGCUCAGAUGAAUGAGGAACUAUCUGGCUGGAAACUUGUAGUGGGUGAUGUCUUCAGAGAACCAACAUGCCCAAAAUUGCUUUGUGUAAUGAUUGGUGAUGGAAUUCAGAUUUUGGGUAUGGCGGUUGUGACAAUCGUCUUUGCUGCGCUGGGUUUCAUGUCUCCUGCCUCGAGAGGGAUGCUCUUGACUGGAAUGAUUAUUCUAUAUCUCUUCCUUGGGAUUGCUGCCGGAUAUGUUGGUGUUAGGCUCUGGAGAACUAUCAAAGGUACUUCUGAAGGGUGGCGGUCAGUUUCCUGGUCGAUUGCUUGUUUCUUCCCUGGAGUUGUAUUCGUCAUUCUCACCAUACUUAACUUCAUACUGUGGGGAAACAACAGCACCGGAGCUCUACCUAUCUCAUUGUUCUUCACUCUUCUCUCCUUGUGGUUCUGCAUCUCGGUGCCUCUUACCCUUUUGGGUGGUUUCUUAGGAACUAGGGCUGAGCCUAUAGAAUUCCCAGUUCGGACCAACCAAAUUCCAAGAGAAAUCCCAGCGCGGAAAUACCCAUCGUGGCUUCUUGUACUGGGAGCUGGAACACUACCCUUUGGCACCCUAUUCAUCGAGCUCUUCUUCAUUCUCUCUAGCAUUUGGCUCGGGAGGUUCUACUAUGUGUUCGGGUUCUUACUCAUCGUCCUCCUUUUGCUUGUUGUUGUGUGCGCUGAAGUGUCAGUGGUCCUGACCUACAUGCAUCUAUGUGUUGAGGACUGGAGGUGGUGGUGGAAGGCAUUCUUUUCUUCUGGCUCGGUCGCUCUUUAUGUGUUCCUUUACUCCAUGAACUACCUGGUGUUUGACCUUAGAAGCUUGAGUGGGCCUGUUUCUGCUGUAGUCUACCUUGGCUAUUCGCUGAUCAUGUGUCUUGCGAUCAUGUUAUCUACUGGGACCAUUGGCUUCCUGACCUCACUCUCUUUUGUUCACUAUCUGUUCUCUUCAGUCAAGAUAGAUUAAAAGGUCAGUCUCUUCAAUUAAACUUCAAAUUAAUCUAUCAAUUGACAUAAGGAUCGACCAACUACAUUGAACUGUUCAAGGUGAAGCUUACACUGACGUCAUCUUCUUUGCUGAAUUUCACCAUGUGUUUGGCAGACGUGUCUUUAUGGUUUUUGUUUUAUUAUUUUAUCUUUAGAUAUGAAGCUAAACUUUUGUAAGUUGGGCUUGGCUGGUUUUAUAGAUGUCGAAGUAUGUAAUUUUUAUUUGAUUUAACUUUAUCAAUCUAGUAAAGAAUUCAUAUUAUGCUGUUUCCAAUUGCCA